AUGCCAAGGCAGUAUAGCCAGAUGGCAAAAGUAUACAAAAAGAGUUAUAAUAAAGUACACUGUAUAAAUGGAGUAUCAAAACGUUUAAAGCACUCGAAAUAUGGAUUAUUUGCAGACGACAAAUGUGCCUACCUGCAUUUUGAACUUUUUAAAUUGGAAGUAGCUGCUUUUCAUAUACAGUCUGAUGCCCAGGUUGUUAUUGAUUGGGCUCACGAAACUGGUCUUGAAAUAAAUUAUACAAAGACCAAAGUCAUGAUCCUAGGAAGCAAACUUAAACUUAAACUAUUAAAAAACUGUGAGCUUCCACAAAUCAUCGUCGAUGGACACAUUAUCCCUUACGUCUCUACAACUAAACAUCUUGGUCCUCAUUUAUCAAAUGAUCUUUCAUGGGAUACUCAUGUCGCUUAG